AUGGGACUCCUUAAAUCACUUUUAUUCUUCUUGUUCUUUGGAUUUACUGUUCACGUAACAAACACACAGAAAACAGUAUGUAAAGAAGCCAAUAUUGCUGACAUUGUAUUGCUUGUGGAUGGAUCAUGGAGCAUUGGAACAGAAAAUUUUAAAAGCAUGCAAGACUUUUUGUACACCUUGAUAAAUGGCUUUGAUGUUGGCCAAGAUAAGAUCCGAAUUGGUCUUAUCCAGUACAGUGAUGAGCCCCGUACAGAAUUUUAUUUAAACUCCUACAAUAGGAAAGAUGACAUAUUACAGUAUGUACGGACCUUGAAGUACAAAGGCGGGGGCACGAAAACUGGAGAAAGUCUUGAGUUUAUGUUGGAUAAUCACUUCACAGAAAGUGCAGGUGGAAGAGCAAACAAUGGAGUGCCUCAAAUUGCCGUGGUUAUAACUGAUGGACAAUCUCAAGAUAAUAUUAAGGAGCCAUCCAGGAGAGUAAAGGAGGCAGGCAUCACUUUAUAUGCCAUUGGUAUAAAGGAUGCCCUCUUGACGGAGCUUAAUGAAAUAGCCAGCGAUCCAGAUGAGAAAUAUGUUUAUAAUGUGGCUGACUUUACAGCUUUGCAGGGAAUUUCCCAAAACAUGCUCCAGGUUCUGUGCACUACAGUAGAAGAAGCCACCAGGCAGAUGAGUCAGAUUGCCCAAGGUUGUAGAAAAGCCAAUCAGGCAGAUAUUGUUUUCCUUGUAGAGAGCUCCACACGGAUUAAGGAAACUGCUUUCCAAAACGUAAAAUAUUUCCUCCAUGGAUUCGUAUCUAGUCUCGAUGUUGGCAUCACUAAAGUCCGUAUUGGCCUUGCUCAGUACAGUGAUGAGACAGAUACAGUUUUUUUACUUAAUGAAUAUUCCACAAAAAGUGAAAUACUGGAAAGGAUACAAAGCUUAUCAUAUAAAAGAGGGACUGCCUACACUGGAAGGGCUCUAGACAUUGUCAGUAGCAGGUUCUUUACUGAAUCUGCAGGCAGCAGAGCUGCAGAGAACAUUGCCCAAAUUCUUGUUGUAGUCACCAGUGGCAAACCAGCCGAUGAGGUGAAACAGCCAGCAAGAAAAUUAAAAUCCAGAGGCAUCUCUGUUUAUGUCACUGGUCCUAAUAUUAAAGACAUUUUUGAGGUACAGGAGUUGGCUAGUAAGCCAAGCAGGAAGUUCAUUUACCCCCAAGAGAGUUUUGAUGCUGCUGAAGAUGUGACUGCAAAACUCCUGAGUAACAUAUGUUCCAACAUUGUCACAAAAAUUCAAGCAUCUUCAAAACGUUAUGCAGAUAUUGUUUUCCUGGUUGACUCUUCUUCCAGCAUUGGAACUGCAGUAUUUCAGCAGAUUAAAGCAUUCAUUACAAGAAUAAUUGAACAACUUGAUGUGGGUAUUAAUAAAUAUCGUGUUGGACUGGCACAGUACAGUGGGACCGCACAGACAGAGUUCUUACUGAACACCCAUGACACCAAGCAACAGGUUACAGGUCAUGUUAAAAACAUUACCUUCAGAGGUGGCCCUUUAAACACAGGAAGUGCUUUGGAUUACUUGCACACAACCUUUUAUGUAGAAGAAGCUGGGAGUCGCAUUAACCAAGGACUACCACAGUUUGCAGUUAUCAUAACCUCUGCAAAAUCUCAAGAUAUUGUCACCACACAUGCCCAGCAGCUAAAAAGUAUUGGAGUAACAACUAUUGCAGUUGGCAUUCGGAACUCAGAAAGAGAAGAAUUAGAAGAAAUAGCAACAGAUCCUUUUGUUUUCCAACUGAGUGAUUUGCGAGGAAUAGGGGAUGUAGAGCAGGAAGUAGUCAAUGCUGUUGCCACACAGGAAAUGCUACAGUUUGCUGUUAUACCAAAUGCUCCAGCAGUUUGCAGCAGUGCCUCUCUGGCUGAUAUUGUUUUCGUGAUUGAUGAAUCCAGUGGUAUUGGUAAUACCAACUUUCAGCUAACAAGAGUGUUUUUGCACAAGGUUAUCAAUAGUUUGGAGAUUGGCUUCAACAAAGUUCGGGUGGGCUUAGUUCUGUAUAGUGACCAGCCCAACCUGGAGUUUAAACUGGAUACCUUUAAGGAAAAAUAUGAAAUUCUGGACUACAUAACUAAACUGCCCUACAGAGGAGGAGAGGCACACACUGGAGCUGCCCUUAAUUUUGUCAGAAAGGAGCUCUUCUCUCAGGAAAAUGGUGGCAGAGCACACCAAGGUGUUCAGCAAAUUGCUGUGGUUAUGACCAGUGGGCAAUCAAAAGAUAAUUCAACUAAACCAGCAGCAAAACUAAGACGACGGGGAGUGGAAGUUUUUGCUGUUGGUUUUCAAAAUGCUAACAAAACAGAGCUGAAAAGCAUAGCAUCAUACCCACCACGGAAACACGUUACAAAUGUGAAGUCCUUUCUCCAGCUUUCAAAUAUUGAGCUUAGAUUAAAGAAGCUCCUGUGUCAGGAGAUCAUUGUUCAUUCAUUUUCAGUCCCAGCACUAGCCCGGACUAUAAAGGAUGGUUGCGUGGAUACAGAAGAAGCUGAUAUUUACUUUUUGAUUGAUGGUUCGGGUAGCAUUUACCCAGAAGACUUUGAAGAUAUGAAGAAUUUCAUGACUGAAGUAGUGGGUAUGUUUCAAAUCGGACCAAACAGAGUGCGCUUUGGAGUAGUGCAAUACUCUGACAACCCAAGAGUGGAAUUCACUAUCAAUAUGUUCACUGCACAGAAGACUCUAAAAGAAGCAAUAAAACAAAUCUACCAGCUUGGAGGGGGGACCCAAACAGGGAAGGCUCUGCAAUCAAUGAAAAGUCUCUUUGCUACAGCUGAAAGUGAACGGCCCAAUAAAGUUCCCCAGUCCUUGAUCGUCAUUACAGAUGGAGAGUCUCAAGACCAGGUGACUGAAGCUGCAGCAGAAAUUAGAGGAGAAGGCAUCACUGUAUAUGCCAUAGGUGUCAAAAAUGCCAUACAACAACAGCUGGAAGACAUAGCUGGGAGCAAAGACAAAAUGUUUUUUGUUGAUAAUUUUGAUUCUCUGGAUGUGAUCAAACAUGAACUGACUCGAGAUUUGUGUACACCAGAAGCCUGCAAGAACAUGAGAGCGGAUAUCCUGUUUCUGACUGACAGUUCUGGCAGUAUCAAUAACAAUGAUUAUGAGAGGAUGAAAGAAUUCAUGAACUCCCUAGUUAAGCAGUCUGACAUCGGUCCAGAUAAAGUUCAAAUUGGCUUAAUCCAGUUUAGUUCUGAAACCAGAGAAGAGUUUCCACUAAACAAGUACACAAAGAAACAUGAAAUUCAAGAUGCCAUUUCGAGCAUGCAGAAAUUGGACCAAGGAACCUUGACUGGAGCCGCUUUACAAAAUGCAUUGCCAUAUUUCAGCUCUGCCAGGGGAGGAAGAUCAAAAACAAAACAAUAUCUUAUUAUAAUCACAGAUGGAGAGUCCUCAGAUCCAGUAGCAAAACCAGCUGCUGCUAUUAGGAGCAAAGGUGUUGACAUUUAUGCCAUUGGUGUACUGGAUGCAAACAACACACAGCUGUUGGAGAUUGCAGGAAAGCAAGAUCGUGUAUUCCUUGAGGAGAGUUUUGAUGCCCUGGCCUUUCUGAAUAAGCAGAUCAUGUUUGAGAUUUGCAGUCCUGAAGAUUCAUGCAAAAGGACAGAGGUUGCAGACAUCAUAUUUUUAGUGGAUGCCUCUGCAAGCAUCACUGUUUCCCAGUUUAAAAUUAUGCAAAGAUUUAUGGAAGCUGUAGUAAAUGACUCCGUGGUUGGAAAGGAAAAUGUGCAGUUUGGUGUCGUGACCUAUGCCACAACACCUGCAGAAAAAUUCUCUUUGAAUGCCUAUUCUACCAAACCUGAAGUCCGAAAGGCUAUACAUGAUUUAAAACGACUAAAAGGACUUACCUAUACUGCAACAGCUUUAGAGUACACCCAACAAAGGUUUAAUACAAUUUAUGGUGGUCGUCUUGGAGUCACACGGAUUAUAAUUCUCAUCACGGAUGGGGCAACAACUGCUGAAGACAGACCCAAAUUAGAUACAGUACCUCAAUCUUUGAGAGACAAUGGCACUAUAAUCUUUGCUGUUGGAGUUGGUGGAGCCAAACGGGAAGAGCUUGAGAAAAUUGCUGGACAGCCAAAUAGAUGGUUCUUAGUAGAUAAUUACAACAGCCUAGAAGGUUUGCAUGAGAAUAUAACACACAUUGUUUGUGAUCAAUCUAAACCAGCUUGUGCUCAUCAACAGCUUGACCUUGUGUUUUUGAUUGAUGGUUCUGCAAGUAUUACCCCAAGUGACUUCGAAACAUCAAAGGUUUUCAUGAAAGAGAUAGUAGACAGUUUCACUAUUGCAGAAAACAGGGUACGUAUUGGGGUGGCUCAGUACAGCGAGGGCCCACAGAAGGAAUUCUUCUUGAAUGAGCACUACUCCAGCUCAAAAAUGAAAGAUCAUAUUGACCAAAUAGUUCAGCUGAAUCAGAAUACCUACACAGGAAAAGGCCUCAAGUUUGUCAAACAGUUUUUUGAUCCUGUUAAUGGGAGUCGUAAAAACCAAAAUGUUCCUCAGUAUUUAAUAGUCAUGACAGAUGGUGAGUCUCAUGAUACUGUAGACGAAGAGGCUGCUGAACUGAGGAACAAUGGAAUUAAAAUCUUCUCUAUUGGAAUCGGUCUCAAAAACAGCUUUGAGCUUAUUCAGAUUGCCGGAAAUCCAAACAAUGUUUUUUUGGUUGAAAACUUUAAUGUUCUGGACUCAAUCAAAAGGAAAAUUGUGUCUCAAGUCUGUGAGCAAACAGAUGAACCUUCCAAAGAUUGCAGCAUAGACAUUACAGUGUCGGUUGACUACUCAAAAAGAAUUACACCAUCCACUACAUCUGUUCUGCAGAAAAAACUUAACCGUUUCCUCCCUGAAGUGUUACAGCAUAUUUCUACCAUGAGCAACCUGAGCUGUACAUCUGGGUCACCAUUAAACAUACAAUUUAGAUAUGCAGUUCCCAGACAAGAUUUCACAUUUCACUUUGAAUCUGAUUUUGAAAAAUAUAAUGAAGACAUUCUUAGGAAGUUCAUUGAAGUCCAGUCAACAGUUGACAGCUUUUUAAAUGUCCAGUUCCUAGAAGCACUUUGGCGGAAAAUGAAGACUUUGCCUGAGCAGAAGACAAAAAUCAUACUAAUUUUUACGGAUGGACUCGAUGACUCCAUAACAGCGCUAAAGAAGACUUCAGAAUCCCUUCGCAGGCAAGGGUUGGAUGGAUUAUUGUUGGUUGGACUGGAAGGUGUGCCGAAUUUGAAAGAAUUACAGAAACUUGAGUUUGGACGAGGAUUCUCCUACGAACAGCCCCUAAGCAUUGGAAUUUAUGACUUGCCAAGUAUUAUGCUAAAAGAAAUAGACACAGUUGCUGAAAGAAAAUGCUGCAAAGUAAUUUGUAAAUGUCUUGGGCAGGCUGGUACUCGUGGCCUUCCUGGUCCUCCAGGUUCAAAGGGACGAUUUGGUGAAAAAGGAUCCCAAGGACAUCCUGGGGAAGAAGGCGGAACUGGUGACAGAGGGCCACAUGGAUUGAAUGGAACACGGGGAGAAGAUGGAUGCCCAGGAGCCAGAGGACUAAAGGGUGCCAGAGGCUUUAGAGGGGACAAGGGGGAUGAUGGGGAGAAUGGAAUUGAUGGUGUACCCGGAGAACAGGGUGAGCAUGGAACAUCUGGAUUGACAGGAGAGUCCGGGAGCCCUGGAAGUCAGGGGAAAAAAGGACCUCGAGGAGAAUCAGGAGAAAGGGGUGAACCUGGAUUUAGAGGAGACCUUGGGGAGCCUGGAAUUAAUGACAAUGUACCUGGACCAAAAGGACGGAAAGGAAAUCAAGGGCGACAGGGUGAACCAGGGCAAGAUGGCGUACAAGGAGAAACUGGAGAUGAUAGUCCAGAGGGUCCACAAGGCCGCAGAGGACCUCCUGGAUCGAAGGGUGAACAGGGAAUUCCUGGGCAGCAAGGAAACCCAGGAGAAAAUGGACUUCAAGGCAUACAGGGCCCCAAAGGUUUAUCUGGUCCACCAGGAUCACGGGGAGAGAAAGGGUUACCAGGACCUCAGGGAUCUACAGUAUCCAAAACCAUGAGGAGAACGGGUAAAGCAACCCAGGCUCCCAAGCCGCUCAAGGGAGCAAGCUCUCAACCAACGCGCAGCCUGCCAGAACUGUUCCGAACUCAACCGCCUGAACGACAUGUGGAGAGAGAGACGCCAUCUUCUCCCGAGGGAUACUCGCCGCACAGUAGCCUGAGCAGAGAGUCCCUUCCCGAACACCCAUCACAUCAGGAUUUGAUCGCUCUGAUGGGACAGAUGCCCUGCAUGUCAGACCUCCACUCUAUUGCAGCGGACAUCAAGGCCACGCUCACUGCGGCUCUAUCAGAGCUAAAAGCCGACCUACACUCUGUGGCAAACCGCCUUCAUGAGGUUGAAGAAACGACCCUUAAACGAAGCCACCUGAUGCACAUCGCACACAACACCCGCUUACUUGAGAUCUCAAUCCCAAAUCUUCUAAAAGCGUUCAACGAAUUUGCAAUACUCUCCUCUUUUAAAAUUAACUUCUCUAAAUCGGCAGCGCUUAACAUAUCCCUCCCAGACGAGUCAGUCCAAUUUUGCAAAACCAAUUUUCCUUUCACUUGGGCUCAUUCAGCCAUUACAUACCUGGGGAUAGAGCUUCCCACAGACUUACUGAACCUUUAUCCCCUUAACUUCGCCACCCUAAUAACACGUGUGCGCAACGAUCUAAAAGAAUGGACCAAACUGCGCUAUUCCUGGUUUGAUUUAUCCUCAAACCUUGGCCCCCUCACUCCGAUCCGCAUGAACCCAGCCUUCCCCCCGGGGCAGCACUCCGCGUUCCUGGCCCGCUGGUCCCCAGACAAAUCUCCGACCGCAAAUUUGUUCUUUGACCGCCAGGGAAAGUUCCGGACCCUAUCAGAUCUAAAUGCCAACAGCCAGGCUAACCCCAUGCCUUUAUGGACAUAUUUCCAAAUUCGCCACUACCUUACCGCACACAACAUUAGACCACGAGUGAUUAGACCUCUAAGCCACUUUGACAAACUAUGCAACUCUCAUGGAAGAAUUACGCAUUUGAUAUUCGAGACGUAUGGCUUGCUGUCCGACUCCCCCUCGCAGCCCUCUCCGGCCUCUGAGGCUUGGAAUAGAGACUUGUCCAUCUCCCUCUCACCACAGGACUGGGAGAAGAUGGACAACCUAUUGUUGAAAGGUUCAUCAAACGUCCAAAUCCAAGAGACCAACUACAAGAUUCAGUCGAGGUGGUAUAAAACACCUGAGGGAACGCCUGGUGUUGUUGGUGCUCCUGGGGCCCCUGGCAGUCAAGGAUCUCAAGGUCAAAAAGGAGAACCAGGUGACAUCGGAGAAAAGGGUGACACCGGGGUUUCAGGAGGUCGAGGUUUGCCGGGCGUAGAUGGCAUUGAUGGAUAUGGUGCUCCUGGAAAAAAGGGAGAGAGGGGUCACCUAGGAUUCCCUGGCUACCCUGGUCCUCAGGGUGAUGAUGGUGAUCCUGGUACUCCUGGAGGUCGUGGUCCUAAAGGAAGCAGGGGUCGGAGGGGUAAUUCUGGUGGAUCAGGGGAAAAUGGUGGUCCAGGGGAGAGAGGACCUCCUGGACCUGGGGGUUCCAAAGGACCACCAGGUCCAGUUUCCUUCACAACUUGUGAACUUGUACAAUUUACAAAAGAGAAUUGCCCUUGCUUCUCAGGUCCUUCCAAAUGCCCAGUUUAUCCAACGGAAGUAGUGUUUGCUCUUGAUUCCUCUCAAGAUGUUCCACCUGCAGGCUUUCAAAGAAUGAAGAAUAUAAUCAUUUCUCUUAUAGAAAACAUGGAAAUCAGUGAGAGUAAUUGCCCCAAAGGGGCCCGUGUUGCAGUGGUCACUUACAGCAAUACAGUUAAACAUCUCAUUCGUUUUUCUGACUUCAAGAACAAAAAUCGGCUUUUGGAAGAAAUUCGAAAGAUUCCACUUGAAAGGACCACAGCUCCAAGAAACAUUGGAGAAGCUAUGAGAUUUGUGGGUAGAAACAUGUUCAAGCGUAUUAGAUAUGGCGUUCUCAUGAGAAAAGUUGCCUUUUUUUUUGCUAAUGGAAAAUCACAAGAUGCUACUUCAAUAAACACAGCUGUUUUGGAACUUGGUGCUCUCAACAUAGCCCCAGCAGUUAUUGCCUUUGAUGAUGUACCCAAUGUCAAGACAGCCUUUGCGGUGGAAGGGUUAGAAAGCGCCGGAGGAAAGGUGGGGUUCCUCAAGAAAGACAUUAGAGGUAGGUGUGGGGAAGUGAGGGCCAUUUUUUUGUUUAAGACGUCCCAAAUGCGCAGUGAGAAGGAAGUGAUGGGAUUUAGUGGUGAGGGCCUCCGCUUAGGUUGA